AUGCACGAAGCCGGCGUCUUCGAGGAGUUCAAGAAGAACUCGCGCGGCGGCGACGCUACGAUCCACCUGCUUUAUAACCACCUCGGUGAGAAGGUCUUUUCUGUCGGAGAAGGACGGGAUUCGCCGGAAAUGGACCGUUGGCAGAUCCGCAAGGUACUGCUGACUGCUAUCCCGAAGGAGAAGGUUGUGUUCUCAAAGCCUCUGGUUAAGUCCCACAGGGACGAGAAGAGUGGCGAAGUCGUCUUGACGUUUUCGGAUGGUAGCACGGCGUCGGGGUUUAAGCUUGUUGUAGGAGCCUAUGGGACCUGGAGCAAGAUUCGGCAUCUGAUGGAAGCAAUGGGUGGCCAAGGAGCCAGGAUCAUCAUGGGAGACGGGAAGCACAUGUUUAACGGUCGUCAGGGAGGCGGCCACUACCGCAUCGACAUUGGCCUAAAGGGCCCCGAAGACUUUGCAAACAAUGCGGUCAAUCAGUCCGACUUCGACGCCGCGAAGAAGUUCCAGCUCCAAGAACAGCACUUCGGCUCAUACGCGCCGCAAUUCCAAGAAAUCAUCCAGCAAAGCGAGGGUCCCUUCCGCCCCUGGCUCAUGUAUUACAUGCCCACCGAUCGUUUGAACUGGAAGCCAGCUCAGGAUGCGACGCUGAUUGGCGACGCGGCGCACGUCACCACUCCAUUCGUAGGCGACGGAGUCAACUGCGCCAUGCGCGACUCGUGCAUCCUAGCGGAGAAGAUCAAGGAAUUGGGAGUGACGCAGGGGGCCAUCGCCGCGUAUGAGAAGGAGAUGUUUUCUUACGCUAUUGAUGUGAUUACAAGGAGUUUGCAGAGUGGUAAGAUGUUCUUUGCAGACGACGGACCUAAGGAGUUCCUGCAGGUUAUGACAGCUGGAAACCCAUUGAUCGGGGCUUCUGAUGGAAGUUGA